AUGGAAUAUCAAGAUCAAAAUCCUUAUGGCUUUGGAUUGGGAUUAUCACAAGGAGGAUCACAAUUUGAUACUUCAUCUAGUAUUCCGGUUGAUCAAAAAAUGUUGACUGAUCCUAUUACUAGUUCUUUACAUGAACAUCAGUUGCAACAUAUGCAAUAUAUGAAUCGUAUAGAGACACAACCACAACCAAUUUUACAUGAUCACGCUGAACAUUCUAAUAAUCAUCAUCAGAAUCCACCAUUUAGUCUCCCUCCCCUUAAUCCCGCCGUUGCAGUUAAAGAUGAAUAUGAAACAAGAUCACUUGAUUGGUAUUCACAUAAUCAUCAAAGUUAUCCGCAACAAACUCAAACUUCAUCUAUUCAAGAAUUUAAUGGUAACGGAAUGCAAUUUACAAGACAUGAUGAAUGUUUUGGCAGAGGUGGUGGUGAUGGUACAACGACUAAUCAAGCUAAUCAAGAGAGUAUGGUAAUCACACCCCAAUCAUCAUCUACAGAAGGUGAUGCCCGACGUAAUUCAUUCUCGAAUCAAUAUGGAUGGAGCGAUGAUCUAGUUAGUCUAAAACAAAACUCGAAUUCAAUAUUUGAAGAAGAAGAAGAUCAUGAAGUUGAUAAUAAACCUUUGUUAAGAAAAAAUGUGUCUGGAAAAACAGGGAAAACAGUACUUGAUAUUGGUAACGAGAUAUCCAUACAAAAUGUUUAUUUGGAAGAAGAGGAUCUCAACCUUUUCUUGAUAGGAUAUAAAUUCCAUCGAUAUCGCCUCUAUUCUUAUUAUAUUCUUUGUAUUUUGACUGGAGGAAUUUUAUAUUUGUUAUUUCGAUGGAUUCCAAGAUUAUGGGUUUUGUGGGUUGGCAGUGAGUGUGAAAUGGGUAAAGCAGAAUGGAUCUUAAUAAAGAAUCAAUGGGGUGAAUAUUCAAUUGAAUAUGUUCUACGGAAAUAUUAUGGUGGGACAAUUUCAUCCGUUUUCUCGGUCAGUCAACUGAAAGAUGAUGAUGAUGCCACCAAAUUUGCCUCUUAUUGGAAAGAUCCUACAUGGACAUCUGUAAAACUACUCAAAAAAGGAAUAACUCAUGAAAUUUAUAAUGAACGCGAGAUAAUAUUUGGAAAUAAUUUAAUUGAUACUAAAGAAAAAAAUGUUCUUCAACUAUUAUUUGAUGAGAUUUUACAUCCUUUUUACAUCUUUCAAGUUUUUUCAAUGAUACUUUGGUUUCUGGAUGAAUAUUAUUAUUAUGCAAUUUGUAUACUUAUCAUAUCAGUGACAAGCGUCACUACGACAUUAAUUGAUACAAAAAAGACAAUGAGGAGGCUUCGAGAGAUGUCAAGGUUUGUUUGUCAUGUACGAGUAUUUCGUGGAGGAUUUUUGCCUGGAGAUGUAUUUGAAAUAUCAGAUUCAAAUUUGCACAUAUAUCCAUGUGAUGCUAUAUUAUUGUCUGGCGAUUGCAUUGUGAAUGAAAGCAUGUUGACUGGUGAGUCUGUUCCAGUGUCAAAACUUCCAAUCACGGAUGGAACAUUGCGAAUUUUGGAUUUAAGCGUCGUUAAUGUGCGACCAGAAGUUUCUAAAUAUUUUUUGUUUUCGGGAACAAAAAUUGUUCGAGUUCGUAAAGCCAAAGGUGGAGGAGUUAAUUCUAAUGGGGAUGAAAAUAAUGAAGAAGAAGUAGCAGCGUUGGGGAUGGUUGUACGAACAGCUGGGAUUGGCUUUAUUAUUAGCGCAUACAAUUUCAUUAGGAUGCAAGUUGAUCCUCAUUUGAUAAUUGUUCGUGCUUUAGAUUUGAUUACUAUCGUUAUUCCACCAGCUUUACCUACAACAAUGAGUAUUGGCACAAGCUUUGCUAUUGAGAGAUUGAGAAAAACAAAAAUAUUUUGUAUUAGCCCAGCAAGAGUUAAUGUAGGUGGGAAAUUAAAUGUUAUGUGUUUUGAUAAAACAGGUACUCUUACAGAAGAUGGUUUAGAUGUGUUGGUUAACGGUGAAUUAAUUGGUGAUCCAUUGGAUUUGAAGAUGUUUAAUUUUACCAAUUGGAUACUUGAAGAAAGUGGACAAGAAAUUUCCCGACAUUCUAAUCAUUUUAAUGGUACGUCAGAAUCAACCAUUAGUAACUCUUCAGCAUUUGCGAUUAGUACCAGUGGGAUAUUGCCAACAAUUGUAAGACCACCAGGAAGUAAACAAUUUGAUUUAUCGGAUGUAUUGAAUCAUUUUGAAAGGAAUGGCGAAGGAAAGGUAAUAUCUUAG